UGGGGCCAGUCGGUGGAUCGAUCGACGUCCCGUCGAACCUCGCGGCCGUAAGCGCCGCUGCGCCUCUGGGCGGGGCGAGAGGGCGCUUCAGUCGUGUACUGGAGCCCACCAGGGUCGCGUCCAGCACCUCGAACGCUUCGGAGUUGCUCGCCCGCUCGGGUCUCUCUCUUUUCUCUCCAUCAACCUUUCGAAAAAGAAAAAAGACACUCCUCGUGUCUUUAGGGGCUGUGUUCUGAACUAAACUUCGAAAUAGACGCGUGAUCCUUCGACGCAUAUAUAAAAAGCGAGCGAGAAAGAGAGAAAGAGAGAGCCAAACGUGAGAGCUUAGUUAAUAUAGUGUUCUAUCUCCGAUUCGAGAUAUCCUUUCUUCGCUCGUAUAUACCCUGUAGUAGUAGUUCGAAACUCGAGGAUCGUACUAUUCCUGUUAGUACUAUAGUUCCAGCGACGCGGAUCAACCAGUGAUCGUUCCAACGCGGCGCGGCUUGUAUCGUCCUCGAAGACACGAGAUCGUAUCCGUACCAGGAUAUUUCUGUUUCCUUCGAAUCGCUCGAUUAAUUCGCGGAUUCUAUAUAGUUGUUCGUGCUCGAUCGUUCUCGUCGGUUUGAACGUUUUAUUACGUUCGACUGUUUCGGUUCUUCGAACGGAGCCGGUCGUAUCGAUUCGAGAGGUGAUACGGGCGUACAUAGAUAGAGAUACACGCAUAGUGAGACAAGUGAGAUAUACAUUGAAGAGGUGCGUAAAAAGGGUUUCGGAAGUAUCCACGGGGGAAAGGUGUCUAUGUACGCGGCCGGAGACACGGAGAGCUACCCUGGUACCUAGCGGACGACGCGGGGUGGCUUCACCAGUGAGUCUCAGCUUUACGCCCUUCUUUUCGCGAGCUGAUUCACCGUCACGCUUGCUUUCGACGCUUUACAAUAGCAUUUCGAGAGCUAGAUCUCGCGAGAGCGUAACCUCGUCCCAGGGUGGCGGGUUCCGUCAGCAGGAGGCGGCGAGCGUCGCGGAGCAUCAGCUAGUCUGGAAGAGGCAAGAUAGAUAGAUAGAGAGAUAGAGAGUGAGCGAGUGAGCGAGAGAGGGAGGAGUAAACGUGACGAAGAAGACGAAGACGACGUCGUCGGGGUGUUGGUGUCCGAGGGUGGCGGCGGUGGUGACGCGCAGGAGGUGGUGGCGGCGGAGGAGGGUGGAGGCGACCGUGGAAGAAGCUACGACUCCUGCGACGUGAGUCGCGAGCCGUGCUGGUUGGGCGGUGGUGGUGGUGGUGGUGGUGGCCACGAAGAGGGUAGAGUAACGGUUUCCUAGCCGCCGAGGGAAAGGUAGAGGCUUGGUGGUGGCGUUUGUGAAGGCAACCUGUGGCAAGAUGGGCUGCGCCAUGUCCGCUGAAGAGCGGGCCGCACUGGCCCGUAGCAAGCAGAUCGAGAAGAAUCUCAAGGAGGAUGGUAUCCAGGCUGCUAAGGAUAUCAAGCUGCUACUGCUUGGUGCCGGAGAGUCUGGCAAAAGUACCAUCGUUAAACAAAUGAAAAUUAUCCAUGAAAGCGGAUUUACGCCCGAAGACUUCAAGCAGUACAGGCCCGUAGUAUACAGCAACACGAUACAGUCUCUAGUCGCUAUUCUCAGAGCGAUGCCGAAUUUGGAUAUCAAUUUUUCGACCAAUGAACGGGAGCCGGACGCGAAAAUGGUGUUCGACGUGAUCCAAAGAAUGGAGGACACGGAACCAUUCAGCGAGGAGCUUUUGGCUGCGAUGAAUAGACUUUGGGCCGACAGCGGGGUACAGGAAUGCUUUGGUAGGAGCAACGAGUACCAACUCAACGACUCGGCGAAAUAUUUCCUGGAUGAUCUAGACCGAUUAGGGGCCAGGGAUUAUCAGCCUACGGAGCAAGAUAUUUUAAGGACCCGUGUUAAAACAACGGGAAUAGUCGAAGUUCACUUUUCUUUCAAGAAUCUUAAUUUCAAAUUGUUCGACGUGGGUGGCCAAAGAAGCGAACGUAAGAAAUGGAUCCAUUGCUUCGAGGAUGUUACCGCGAUCAUAUUUUGCGUUGCGAUGUCCGAGUACGAUCAAGUCCUGCACGAAGAUGAAACGACGAAUCGAAUGCAAGAAAGCUUGAAACUGUUCGACUCGAUUUGCAAUAACAAAUGGUUUACCGACACCUCGAUUAUUCUCUUCUUGAACAAAAAGGAUCUUUUCGAGGAGAAAAUUCGCAAGUCCCCGCUCACCAUUUGCUUCCCCGAAUAUGCUGGGGCGCAAGAGUACGGUGAAGCAGCCGCGUACAUCCAGGCGCAAUUCGAGGCGAGAAACAAGUCAACCACUAAGGAGAUCUACUGCCACAUGACUUGCGCUACCGAUACCGACAACAUUCAAUUCGUGUUCGACGCAGUCACAGACGUCAUUAUCGCCAAUAAUCUCCGUGGCUGCGGUCUCUAUUAGGAUAAAUAUUCCCGUCGUGGAGCCGAUCGACCGACACACACUCACACUCACACGCAUAAACACGACAGAUAUGUAUCGCGAGAACGGGGGAGCGCGUGAGAACGAGAGACUGCGAGAUUGUCAGGUUGCCGAGAGAAAGAUCGCGUGACAGAGGGGGAGAGAACGGCUGAAAGAACGGGAACGAGAAAAAGAGAUACACCUAUGUACCACCGCUACUACUACCGACCACCUGCGGAUACCUUCUCGACUUUUUUUUAUCAGACACCUCUUUGUGCCGGCUCUUUCAACCUUUCUCCUUAUCAUACCGAGCGAUUCGAACGCAGUUCCACAAUGUUUACGCAACGCUAUGCAUUAUGUGCUGCUAAAGUGCUGCUAUGUAAGUAGCUUCGCUUCUACAAUUCCUGCAUCCUCUUGCAUAAUGAUAAUUUAGUAAUUACUAUUAUUAGCGAACCGAUAAUUCACGAGUUAUAGCAUCUCUCCCUAUCGUUUUUCGUUGAACGCAAUGAUCGAGAAUAACUUAUAAUUUGUAAAAUCUUAUUUAUUUCAUCAACAAAUUUGUUACCAUUAUGCAAGGAUAAUCUGUAACUUUUGAAUUGUAAAGUUUCGCUAAUAGUAUUAUUAGUUCGAUCGUCCAUAUUACAAAAGUAAUAUCGGUUGUGGAGUGUCGUUAUUAAAUCGCUUCUUCUAAUUGUCUUUUGAGGCAAACAGAGAAUCGUGUAGGAACUUUUAAUAUCAGCAGCAUCAAGAAUGUUUCUCUACUAGAGAAAUUCAUCUUAUGAUUUGAACGUUAUAUCUGGAAGAGAAUAGAAAGUUUGGAAUAAAGUUUUCAGCUAAUCGAUCCUUCGAGUUAAAUACGUACGGAUAAUAUGAAUUUCUCAAUAAAGAAACAUUCUUUUCUAUAUCAUAAUCAGAUUUGAUUGCUGUAUUAAUUGCAGAGGACUCGAUAUUGCCUUUACUCGUUGGUCAUUUUCUAUUUUAAACCGAUUGCGACUGAGUCAGUCUAUCAACGUUGGACAAUCUAUUAAACCAAUACCGAAUACUGUGAUCGAUCUUUUUGUUAACUACCAGUGAACCGCCGGUGAAUUUGUCAUAUAUGAAAAUCAAUUUUUGCGUCGAUAUUUGAAACUAAAAAAUUAUAUACGAAUGAUUGAAUUUCAUAUUUUAAAUUUUGUUAAGAUUCAAAAGCUUAUAUAAUAUUACUUGUCUACUUAAUUAAAAAGACUUACUAUAUGGGUCAACGGGCGAAUAGUUGAGUCCUUCGUAAUCAAAAAUAUGGAAUUAAGGAAUACGUUGAAAGAGGGCGCACAACGAUCGAUCCAGAUUUUUCAUACAUUUCGCGGUAAAUCGCACAAAGACCAAUCACGAAGCACACUCGAAUCUCGAGAUCCUUCAUCUGAUUUUAGUGUAAAUUAGGGAAAGAUUAUAGUUAUCUGUUCAGGUAGAAAAUUAAGCCGAACAAAAUUUCUUUUAACAUAGCAAAUAAUUCUAGUUGAUAGUUUAACUUAAAAAUUCUUUUGCUAAAAGAAAUAAUUUCUUUAAAAAUUCUUCGUUCGACCGACACUUCGAUUUUCUACCUGGCAAGAAACGAUUUAUAAGCUGAUAAUACAAUUUUCAUUUUUCACGAGUAGUAUAAUGAUAUUCAACUAUUAUAAAUUUAGUUGAAUAAGCAUGUUACGUUCAUCGCCGAUCGCACAAGUCGCGCACAAGAAACCGACGAAAAAAGUAUAUUUUUCUCUCGUACAAAAUAUUUUAUAUUUUCCGUGCAAAUCUACGAUUCCUACAUCCGUCGGAUACGUAUAAUAUUAUACUAUUCGGUUUUCGAUCAGUUCCUUUCGGUUAGAAAACUAAAUAAAAAAUGCGCUAAAAUUGUGUAAAAAGCAUAGAAACGCCGUUGAUCGAAAUAAGUGAGAUUUAAGUGAAACCAUAAAAACUCGAUAGAUAGGGUCAGAAUAUGCAGAGAAAAGACGCGAACAUCUUGAUGCGUAGAGAUCUAAUUAAUAUUCGAUUUCCGAUUCGUCAAGCAUUUUUUCGCAACGAUUCGAGCAAGAUUCGCGCCGUACGCGAGAAAGAAUUCUUCGCUGUUUUUCCCUUAAAUUGAAUCGACAGUUUCGUUUCGUUCCAUUGUCACGCACAUUUACGCGACUGUACGCACACGAUCGCACAAUUACACGCAACGACGCAAUCACACACACAUACACACACACGCGCGCGCGUACACACGUUACACGAAUAUACAGGGUAUUCAGAAAUAGGUGGCCGAACUGUGGUAUAGCGUAGAAUACGAUACCAAAGUUUGGCCACUUAUUUCUGAAACAUUCUGCAUAGGACAUACGUUGAAGCGUUUACAUUUGCGAAAAGUGAAAGAGGUUCCACUCAACGAAGCUAGGAUGGAUCCUUGAAUUUCCGAAUUCUCUUCGUACGAUUUAGUUACCUUUUUACGCAAUUACGUUUUACGUUUCUCGAUUAGGUCAGGUGUGUUUAAGGGGAGCUUUCAAUUAUUCGAUGAAAUCUUGAUUUCGUAUUAAGCGAUAGCGUUUUUGGAUCGACAGAAGCCGUGUCUUUACGCUUCUUUUUUUUCAUCGAAGCAGUCCUUACUGGCUUUAAAACGAAUAUCAGUGCAGACCGAAACAUUCCACGUACAGUCAAACGCAGUUUCCCGUUUUCUAUUUUUCCUUGGUUCGUAUUUCAUCCUCGCACAAUGUACCAAUUUUCCUUUUAUUUUUUUUUUUUUUUUUUUUUUUUUUUUUUUUUUUUUUUUUUUUUAUAAUCUUUCUAUUUGAACGACUUUUUGUUUUUGUUCUUUUGGGAAAGAUUUCACUCUCUUUUCCAGAAUUGCAAUUGCGAUUAAGUAACGAGGAGUUGUGGCAGAAAUUUUGGGAAUUUUUAUAGGAAUCUUUUUACCAAAGAUAUCUGUUUAAAACUUUUAUAUUAAAAAAAUAUCAUAUCCUAAAUUUAUAAUUAAUGUUUGUUGGGAAUUGGAGAUUUUUUUAAAUUUAUUUAAAAUAGUUGCAAUUGCAAUUCGUCGCUGUUCAAUUGUAACGUAAAUUAAAAUAUCGAGAAGUGUUUGACCAAAAAGAACCAAAGAAUCGAGUAGAACAAUAAUUACAAAUGUAAAGAAAAAAGAAAGGAAAGAAGGAAGAAAGAAAAAACUAUUCUCAAAAUUAAUCUGAAUUAUGUAUAUAUGAAGGACAGAUUUUUUUUUCUUGAAGAAGGCCAAGAAGAAUUUCGCUAUAUUUUCUUUCGACGACUAGUAUCAAAAGAAAGAACACCUUUCUUCUACGUUUCGAUUUUGAUUUUUCCUAAUCUUUCUUUUUUUCUCUUUUUGUUUUUAUACGUCGAUUUUUGCGAAUUAUUUUUAUAUCGUUAGUUGGAUCUAGAGGAUAAAAACAAGAUUUAAAAAAUAA